AUGACAAGAGCAGAGCGCGAGUUGAGGGCACGAGCCACGGUCCACAGAGCCAUACCCGAGAUAUUGAGGUCUAGUCCGAAGGCCAAGCAUGGCAUUUCGCAGGCCGACCUUGUUGUCGAUCCUCAGCCUGUGAUCAAGACUCCAACUGGACCUUCGGCGCCCAUAUACAGACCUGAUUUGACGAUUCGCGUGACGACGCAAGAUCCGUUGAGCACUGCUUCAAACGUAUCAGAAAAGCCGUAUGGCGCGAAACGAACCGCAGAUGGUCGCAGAAACGAUGACUUCAAACCCAAUGUAACGAUCCAUAACGCGGCUUCGUUGAACCGACCAGGAGGCGCCUUUUUGACCGGUGGUAAUGACCAAGAAGCGUUCAUCUGCGCCCGAACGACACUCUUUCCUUCAUUGCACGACGAUUUCUACGCCUUACCCGACAUCGGUGGUAUUUUUACGCCUGAUGUUCUCGUUUUCCGCGACACGAACGCGAUCGAUCUUCCCAAGCGUGAGCGAUACUUUGUCAAUGUCAUUUCAGCCGGAGUUCCAAAACACCCCGAGAACCGCGGUCGACAUGACGAGCGCGAGGCGAGCUGUUCGUGCGGUGUUAGUUACUGCGAUCGCGAUCGCGAUAUUAUGGUACGAAAGAUGAAGGCAGUUCUUCGAAUGGCGCAGUUGAAGGGCACGAAGCAGCUCAUUCUCGGGGCAUGGGGCUGCGGCGGCUCUUACAGACAUCCUGUGAAGGAGGUCGCGAAGCUGUGGCGCAAAGUGAUUGUUGGGAGCGCUCGUCAACGGAGACCGAACGCGGAGCAGUGGGAGGGUAUCGAUGAGAUCAUAUUUUCCAUUCCAGAUGGCAGUUUCGCGAGGGAAUUUCGACAUGUGUUUGAGGAUGUCCUUUCACCAGAAUACGAGCCUCCUUCAUCGGGCGCAUCGACUUCACCCGGGGCUCAGGUCGAAGAUGCAGAAAUCGAACGCCUGAUUGGAACUGCGACGUCUCUCGAACUUCAGAUUGAGACCGCACAGAGCUCCUUCGUGAAAGGCCGGCUAAAAGAGGAACUCCGCGAAAUCAACCACCGCAUUGCUAUCGGUCGCGCCGAACAAACCGCCCGAGGAGACGACACCACAACCGAAGACGAAGACCUCGAGGACGACUACGUGGUAUCCGGCUUCCCAGGCUCCGACGGCGAAGACAACUCUUUCUACCAACUCGACGGCACCACAUCUGACUCAGAAUCCGACGGCGCGCGCUCCGAAGUGUAUGAAUUCCGCUUUGGCAACCCACCCGGCGCAGACUCGCAAACCUCCCAAGACGAGUUCGAUGAACUCGAAGAGGGGAAUUGGGUGGGUUAUCCGCCCUCGCCGCAUUUCGAUCCUCAGACGGGAUGGUUCAAAGGCAGUAUCGAUGAAUUAUCCGCGCAUGUCCUCGGUGGUGGCCGAAAGAAAGGGAGCGUGAGUCCACAGAGUCCACUAGUUAGGACGGAGUCAGAUGCUGGUGUUAAUGACAAUGAGACGGCGGUUGACGGGUUUCUUUCGAGAUUCCAGCGGACUGAGAUUGACGAUCAGUCGUGA